CCGCUCCGGUGGCUAUAUAAGACAACGGCCAAACCUGCUGCGCGCUAUUACAACAGUGCUUGUGUGAUUUUUCCCGCCGUCAUAUUUAUUUCAUUCAACAAAUAAAGAUGCACACGUGGCUGGUGGUAGCGUGCGCAGCGGUGCUAGCGACGCUCGCGGCUGCGCAGAAGCCUGGCCGGUUCCUCUCGCUGCCCGUGCCCCAGAAAUGCGCUAACAGACCAAAGGAGUUCUUCUACCGAGGACACAACUACUUCUACAGCGGCCAUGUUCCCGAGCUAGCCAACAGGAAGGUGGACUGGCUAGACGGCCGUAACAUCUGCCGCGAAUACUGCAUGGACCUUGUCUCUAUGGAGACGCAGGAGGAAAAUAAUCUAAUCUUCAAGCUUAUCCAGCAAAAUGAUGUGCCGUACAUCUGGACGUCAGGCCGUCUCUGCGACUUCAAGGGCUGCGAAUCCCGCAAGGACCUGGAGCCCAAGAACGUCUUCGGAUGGUUCUGGUCCGCCAACAGGGAAAAGAUGGCGCCCACCAACCAGAUCCCCAACGGCUGGGGCUACAACCCAUGGUCGCAGACCGGCCACAAGAAGCAACGUCAGCCUGACAACGCUGAAUUCGACAUCAACGGAACCACAGAGUCCUGUAUGAGCGUCCUAAACAACGUCUACAACGACGGCAUCGCCUGGCACGACGUCGCCUGCUACCACGAGAAGCCCGUCGUCUGCGAGGACUCCGAGGAACUUCUCAACUACGUCGCCAGUACCAACCCCGGCCUCCGUCUGUGAUCCAACUAGCGUAGUAGCCACUCCAAUCAGGGUCUCAUUUACAUUACCAUUGAGUUCAGUAUCCGAUAUCAUUGAUGUAGUAGACUUUUAAUUUCUCCUCAUAGAUAAAAUAAGGUACAAAUUAGAUAUCUACUUCUGCAAUAAGCAUACCCUCAUCACACUCCAACACAGUAUUUAUUCGUCGGUAUACAUCACAAAAACUUGCCAUAAACUCGCUUUUGGGAUAGCCUUCCAUCAACACUGCCUUUAUUCCGUCGUACAACAGAGUGUACAGAAUAGUUAUUUAAGACUUAAUAUGUAACUUAAUUAGGUUUAUUUACCUAAGGGAAGAAUUUCUACUUGUAUAUAAAAUAAUAAAAUUAAAAACAAUAAAAAU